AUGAGUGCCAAUAUGCAGCCUGGAAGAAAACGAUCAAGGUCUCCAGAUGACGUCUCUAGAAAGAGUUUAUUAAGGAAGCUAAACAUAAGAGAUCUCUACAAAUUGCAUGUUGCAGUUAAAAGAUCUGGCUUGAUAACAAAUGGACCUGCGUUACCAUUGGAGAGAGGCAUAGAAGACUUUAAACAGAUAAGAUCAUUUGUUCACGUUAGAGGAAAAAAGUCUCAUAGUUCUAGAAGAAAAAGUAGGAGCAGCGACAGAUCCAUAAGUCCAGACAGAAAAAGACACACAGAUGAUUCACGUGAAAAAUCAGGAAGAUCUAGAUCUAGAACUAGAAGACCCAGCCAAAAACCUUGUGAAUCCCAUGAGCAUGAAACAAGGUCUCUAACUCCAUUGAGGCCUGGAGAAUAUCGUCCUGGUCAUCCAGACUUGGCUUGGAGGCAGCAAAGGCAACUGUCUAGGUCUCCAACAGAGCCGGUAGUGCCAUUGAUGGAACAUGUUUUUGUGGAGGUUAUUGAGGCUUAUGGUCAGUUAGGUCCUACAAAUCCUAUGGAACCGUCUCCGGAUUUCUACCCGCAAAUCUUUCCUCAUCCUCCACCAAUGAUGAUACCGCAUAUGACAAUGCCAGGUUACCCUUGCUUUCAAAUGCCAUUUAACCCUCCCCUUCAAAUGCCAUUCAACCCUCGUCUUCAAAUGCCAUUUUUUGGUCUGCCUGUUUAUAACAGCCAAGAGGAGGAAAAUGAGAGUGAAAGUAUCAUCGAACAGUCCAGUGGUGAAUCUGAAUUGUCCAGUGGUGAACCUGAACAGUCCAGUGAUGAACCUGAACAGUCCAGUGAUGAACCUGAACGGGCCAAUUCCAUGGAAAGCAGUAAUCCGAAUCCGAGACCGUAG